AGUGCGGGGGCGGGGCUUCUGGGAGGGAGUGUGCGCGUGCGCACAUGUCGGGUCGGAGGAUUCCUCGCUCUCGGCUCUGCUAGAAUAAUCAAGCAAAACAAAGAUGAGCUUCUUCCAUGGACUACAGUCUGCUACUAGAAACUGUAUUUUCUUCCAAUUUAAUUCACUGGCCAACUGGAGAAAAUGUAACUCACUAGCAGUAACCUUACCAGGCUGUCAUCAAGUUCAGAUUCACCACAUAGUAAAUAAAUAUCAGAGACUUGCAUCAGUAAAUCAAUGUGAUAAGUUGACUUUUGUGCCUGGAAACUUAUCUUUUCUUAGUACUUUAAAUAACACAAGAACAAGAUGCCUCUCUAGUACCAAAAAUAAGGAAAUUUGGAUGGUUGCCCACAAAUGUACUGCGUGGAAUGAGUCCCUUUCAAGACGGGUACUGAUGAAAGAAGUUACAGCAGUUCCUGCCCUUUUGGAAUCACAUGCUCUCAGCUGUUUCCCACUAAGAGCUGUCAGGACUUUCCACACUUCUGCACGGCUCCAGGCUGCUCCGGUUCCCCUCUUGUUGGUCAUUCUUAAGCCAGUGCAGAAGCUCCUCGCAAUCAUUGUAGGCAGGGGUAUAAGGAAAUGGUGGCAGGCACUUCCUCCUAACAAGAAGGAAGUAUUUAAAGAAAGUGUAAGGAAGAAUAAAUGGAAUUUAUUCCUUGGUUUGAGUGGUUUUGGAUUGCUAUUCAUAGUGUUUUAUUUUACUCACCUGGAAGUGAGUCCAGUCACAGGAAGGAGCAAGCUACUGUUAUUGGGGAAAGAGCAUUUCAGACUUUUGUCAGAACUGGAAUAUGAAGCAUGGAUGGAAGAGUUUAAAAAUGAUAUGCUGCCUGAGAAGGAUGCCCGGUACCUGACUGUUAAAGAAGUGGUUUAUCAUCUAAUUGAAUGCAAUAAAGACAUCCCAGGGAUCUCUGAGAUCAAUUGGAUUAUUCAUGUGGUUGAUUCCCCAGAUAUAAAUGCCUUUGUGCUUCCAAAUGGACAAGUGUUUAUUUUCACUGGGCUUUUAAAUAGUGUAACUGAUAUUCAUCAGCUCUCCUUCCUUCUGGGCCAUGAAAUAGCACAUGCAGUCCUCGGGCAUGCUGCAGAAAAGGCUAGCUUGGUUCAUUUAUUGGAUUUCCUAGGUAUGAUUUUUCUCACAAUGAUUUGGGCCAUUUGUCCUCGAGAUAGUUUGGCACUUUUGGGCCAGUGGAUCCAGUCUAAAUUGCAGGAGUAUAUAUUUGAUAGACCAUACAGUAGAACACUGGAGGCUGAAGCUGACAAAAUUGGACUACAACUUGCUGCAAAGGCUUGUGUGGACGUCAGAGCCAGUUCGGUGUUUUGGCAGCAGAUGGAAUUUGCAGAUAGCCUCCAUGGCCAUCCCAAGUUGCCAGAAUGGUUAUCUACGCACCCGUCUCAUGGAAACAGAGCUGAGCACCUGGAUAGGCUAAUCCCUCAGCGUGUUCCAGCUGCCCCACGACAGCCCUUCCAAUCUGAGAUGACAGCUCUCAUGGCUCCAAGACUGACUCUUCUCUAUGCAAGGCAUCACUGUAUGUGCUGGGGAUGAAAAUCAAAGUCAAACAAACGCAGUCCCGUUGCUCCCAGGCUGGAUGGAGAGACCGAGAGGGAACUGCCAGUCCUGUGCUGUGGGUGAGUUCUCGGGCAGACGAUGCUGAUGGCGCACACUUCAGCGGCUCCUACCCUCGUCUCCUCGGGCUGACGGCAUGUGAGCUGAGGAAGAGUUAGGUGAGGAUGUGAGAGGAGGGCAUGGCAGGUGGAGGAGAACAUGCACACCCCUGGGCGGGGGUCUGGAAUCCCUCUGCAUAGUUCCCAAUGGCUGGAGCCCAGCACUGCAGGCCAAGCAUCAGGAGGGGAGGACAUGGCGAUGAGCACAGGCCAGAUCUCCAAGGUCCCCAGUGGUGAGCAGGGCUGCUAGUCCCGUGAGACAGUGAGGUGGUCUGACCUGCUCGCUGCAGUGAUUUCUCAGUGUGGAGGAGGCCCCGGAUGGUAUCUCUGGAAGCGAAAUGAGCAGCAGGAAAGUCACAGAGACGGGCUAGCUGAGGGCUGCCAGGUGCUGAGGCAGACCAGAAACAGCGAGUUGGUGAGGACCAGGCAGGCUUCCGAGGUGAGGUCUGCACCAUGCAGGUAAAUGGCUGGCCAGCACCCGGUUUGGGGUGGACCAUGGUGUUUUUCCACCGAGCUGGGGCAUGCGGAACAGCAGGCUGUGAUUCUGCAUUGUGGAGGGAACAGGUUCUCAGCAGCUGACUCUGAUCUGUUUGGGGGGUGUUUCCAUUCCAUUUAGCUUCAGAAUAUGUUCUAUAUUAAAUACCAUCAGUGUAAUUAUAGAAUGCGAUACACUGUAAUUAUGCUCCAUAAUUACAUUUUCUCCCAUUAGCAGCGUGGCAUUCCCGCUCAACACAGGCCCCCAGCAGCCCGGACUGGUAGAGUGGUGGGCACUGCACAGACCACCGGGAGCAGACAUGAGUCUCUCUCCCGGCCGCUGUCAGGGGACACAGAGGGAAUUGCUGGUGACAGUGCAGCUUAGUGGGUAAGAGCGUGGGCUUUGGAAGCAGGCCACCCGUGUGAAGGAUGACAUCACCUCUCAGUCUGUGGGCUUUAACAUGAUACUCAAUGUUCCUGUGCCUCAGUUUCUCUGUUUUCAGAAAACGGGUAAUAGAAGCUACCUCAUGGGGUAACUGUAAGAAAAAAUGAGAUCACGGAGGCAAGUGACAUAGCACAGUGUGUGCCAAAUUUGAGCCCUCAAUAAAAGGUUAUUCUGACCGGAAAGAAUGGUGAAAGGGGACCCUGCCCCUCUCCAGAUCCCGGACUAGAAUCUUGCUUCCACUGAUAGGGGCGAGCAGGAAGAUGCCAAGUGCUAGAAUGAUGUAGUCACAGAGUUUUAGAAUAUUCCUGAAACUUGGCACUCUCUGCCCUGCCCUCAUUCUCAACCUGAGUAAACUCAAGUCCAGAGGAGUUCACCAGCCCCUCCAUAGAGAUCACUGCUCCCCGAGAUGUCCUGAACCCAGAAAUCCAACACUCCUUCCCCUUAUUCAGUGCUGGGGAUCGGAGCUUCCACUCACUUAAAUGGUCUUCUUCGUUUCACAGAGAAUGUAGCCCUCAUUCUCCUGUGAAUCCUGAAAUGACCAUAAUGAAUCGCAUCCCUAUGUCACAGAUGAAGUAAAGCAGUAUGGAAACUGAGUCUCAGUGGCUUUUCCAAGGAGACUCACUUAAGAGAUAUUAGACCCAGGCUUGGAAUCAUGCUGCCCAUGGUCGUCAUUUGUAAUCCUGCUCUUUUAUUCCUCAAGCCUUUAUUGAGCAGUUGUGCUGUGAAGGACACUGACAUGCACUCCGCGGGGGCUGCAGGACUGCCUGCCUACUGGGAGACUUGGUUUCAGGACCAUGUCCACAGUUCUCUUUCUUACUGAAAUCAAAUGCUCCCUCUGUGCUUGGAUGCCUCCUGUUCAGCUGCAAUGUCUCAAUCCUCGAUAGUAUUCUUAGCCCCAUUUUCCAGUGAAGGAACUUGAGCGAAACAGAGGUGAAGACCUUGCAAGGGUGAUCGGUGAUGAUGCAGCUGGAGUUUGGACGCUGGCAGUCUGAUUUCAGAAGUCUUUCUUGGUUAACACUCUUGAUUCAUGAUUGUAUUCCCAGGAUUGACAUUGUGUGGAUCGAACAAGUAGCUGCUGUUCAGGUAAAAUAAAGUAGAUGAUGAGAAAGUGAGUGGAAUAAGAAAGAGUAAUGAGAUCCUCAUCACUGGAGUUAUCCAAGCAGAGGUCUGAGGGUGAUCUGUUUUGGAGAGCAUACUAGGGCCUAGUUUAGAGUAUUGGCUUAGAUGGUCCAAGCUUCCUACCAACUCUAUAGUUUUCCCUUUUAGGCAAGGGAAGACCGGAGGCUUUUUCCCAGGAGAGACCUAGGCACACUUGUCCUUGAGGGGAAAUAAUUCUGGAAGUAUCACACAGGUGGAUUAAAGACAAUCACAAACGCUUGCCUACCGGGCUUCCACCUCAGUUUACUGGUGGUUGUGGGAUUGAGAACAGAAUUUCCCCCCAUCAUCACAAGGCUCUUCCUUCCUUCCUUCCUUCCUUCCCUCCUUCCUUCCUUCCUUCCUUCCUUCCUUCCUUCCUUCCUUCCUUCCUUUCUCUCUCUCUCUCUCUCUUUCUUGAGAUUUAUUUAUUUAUUUGAAAGUCAGAAUCAGAGAGAGACAGAGACAGAGAGAGAGGUCUUCUAUCCACUGGUUCAUUCCCCAAACAGCUGCAAUGGCCAGAUCUGGGCAAGGCUGAAGUCAAAAGCCAAGAACAUCUGAGUCUCCCACAUGCUUGCGGGGGCCCAAGGACUUGGGCCGUGUUCUGCUGCUUUCCCAACCACAUUGGCAGGAAGCUAGAUAGGAAGUGGAGCAGCUGGGAACCAGUGCCCAUAUGGAUGCCAGCACUGCAGGCAGUGGCUUAACCCGCUGCACCACAAUGCUGGCCCUGACACUUACUUCUUAAUUCUUGGAAUACAUGUUUUGAAAAGUUCAACCCUUAACAGCUGGAUUCCCUUCUCAGCUCUGGAAUAGAAAUGAGGUCAUCAGUAAUUAGAGGAGCAUCACGAUACGUUGGCGAGAGACUUGAGCUUGGAAGCAGAAGUGAGUUUUUCUUGCGCAUCUAUGAAGAGCCUCAGUUUCCCUAUCUGUAAUAUGGGACUGGUACCAGCUCUGAGCCUGUUUCCAGCGUUGUUGCAGGGAUGAGAUAACGUGAGGAGUCGCAAAGUACAGCGUGUGUGGAGGAACUUUCUGCAUCGGGUGGCAGAGAUCACCAGUUCUGUUCCCUCCCUUGCUGCUCCCUUUUGUGGAAAAUCCAAGAAAGGGAGGGAAUGGGGAAAGGCAAAAGGAGGAAGGCCCCAUUAGAAAGAAGGAGCAAUUCCCCAGAAUUAUAAAUUCUAGCUCAGGACAUUAGCAGACUGUAAAAUUGUUAUCUGAAGACCGGGAAGUGAUUUAUCAAAAGAUAAAAUCCCUCUCUCCCCUGCCCCACUGUACAAGGCAGCCCUAAAGAUCUUACUUCUGAUUUCAUGAGGCCACGUGGCAUCUUUUCAAUGCCUUCACGGGCUCCGUGGGCCCAGAGCCCAGCACGCUGAUGAAGCAGAGGGCAGCUGAGGCUUAGGAGACAAAUCCAAUUAUUCUGGCUCUGGGAUAAAGGAAUUCUGGGGAUUCAAAACCA